GGCCUUGAACCAGGAUGGCUGAGCCCCGCCAGGAGUUCAACAUGAUGGAAGAUCAUGCUGGGACCUACGGGCUUGGGGACAGGAAAGAUCUCCCAUCUCAGGGGGGCUAUACCCUGCUGCAAGACCACGAGGGCGACACGGACCAUGGCCUGAAAGAAUCUCCCCUGCGAACCCCCACCGGUGAUGGAUCGGAGGAACUGGGCUCUGAAACCUCUGAUGCUAAGAGCACCCCGACAGCCGAAGACAUGACAGCACCCUUAGUGGACGAGGGAGUCCCGGGCAAGCAGGCUGCCACUCAGCCCCACACGGAGAUCCCAGAAGGAACCACAGCUGAGGAAGCAGGUGUUGGAGACACCCCCAACCUGGAAGACCAAGCGGCUGGACAUGUGACUCAAGCUCGCAUGGUCAGUAAAGGCAAAGAUGGGGCUGGAAACGAUGACAAGAAAACCAAGGGGGCAGAUACUAAAACUGGAACGAAGAUUGCCACACCCCGGGGAGCAGCCCCUCCAGGCCAGAAAGGCCCGGCCAAUGCCACCAGGAUUCCAGCAAAAACCACGCCAUCCCCAAAGACCCCACCCGGUAAGGGUGAAUCUGGGAAAUCUGGGGACCGCAGUGGCUACAGCAGCCCCGGCUCCCCUGGCACUCCUGGCAGCCGCUCCCGAACCCCAUCCCUGCCAACCCCGCCCACCCGGGAGCCUAAGAAGGUGGCAGUGGUCCGCACUCCACCCAAGUCGCCGUCUUCAGCCAAGAGCCGCCUGCAGACGGCCCCCGUGCCCAUGCCAGACCUGAAGAACGUCAGGUCCAAGAUCGGCUCCACUGAAAACCUGAAACACCAGCCAGGAGGCGGGAAGGUGCAGAUAAUUAAUAAGAAGCUGGAUCUUAGCAACGUCCAGUCCAAGUGUGGCUCCAAGGAUAAUAUCAAACACGUGCCAGGAGGCGGCAGUGUGCAAAUAGUCUACAAGCCAGUGGACCUGAGCAAGGUGACCUCCAAGUGUGGCUCACUAGGCAACAUCCAUCAUAAGCCAGGCGGCGGCCAGGUGGAAGUCAAAUCCGAGAAGCUGGACUUCAAGGACAGAGUCCAGUCGAAGAUCGGGUCGCUGGAUAACAUCACCCACGUCCCUGGUGGGGGCAAUAAAAAGAUCGAAACCCACAAGCUGACCUUCCGUGAGAACGCCAAAGCCAAGACGGACCACGGGGCGGAGAUCGUGUACAAGUCGCCCGUGGUGUCCGGGGACACGUCUCCGCGGCACCUCAGCAACGUGUCCUCGACGGGCAGCAUCGACAUGGUAGACUCGCCCCAGCUCGCCACGCUAGCCGACGAAGUGUCCGCCUCCCUGGCCAAGCAGGGUUUGUGAUCAGGCCCCCGGGGCGGUCAGUAAUCGCG